GCUCCGACAGACUCCUCCUGCUGACCUUCUAAAUUGUCUCUGGUGUCUGGGGGUGAGAAGACUGGAACCCACCACUGCUGCUGGUGAUUCUGUCCCCCGAAGCCUGCUCCUGCAUUACUUUUGCCGGGUGCAGCAGGUAUGGCAGACCCAUCAGAGGGCACUCGGAUCCUGGUCACUGGGGGCUCUGGCCUGGUGGGGAAGGCCAUACAGAGAGUGGUGGCUGAUGGUGCCAGCCAGCCUGGGGAACAGUGGAUAUUUGUCUCUUCCAAGGAUGCAGACCUAAUGGACACAGCCCAGACCCGAGCCCUGUUUGAGAAGCAUCGGCCUACACAUGUCAUCCAUUUGGCAGCCAUGGUGGGUGGCCUCUUCCGGAACAUCAAGUAUAACCUGGACUUCUGGGUAAGGAAGGCGUCUGCCCUUGGAGCUCGGAAAUGGGGAAGACCCAAGAAGAGGAAGAACAUUCAGAUCAACGACAAUGUCCUGCACUCAGCCUAUGAGGUGGGCACCCGGAAGGUGGUCUCCUGCCUCUCCACCUGUAUCUUCCCUGACAAGACCACCUAUCCCAUCGAUGAGACCAUGAUUCACAACGGACCCCCACACAGCAGCAACUUCGGCUACUCCUAUGCUAAGCGCAUGAUCGACGUGCAGAACAGGGCUUACUUCCAGCAAUACGGCUGUACCUUCACUGCUGUCAUCCCCACAAACGUCUUUGGACCCCAUGACAACUUCAACAUUGAAGAUGGCCAUGUGCUCCCUGGCCUCAUCCACAAAGUCUACCUUGCAAAGCGCAGUGGCUCAGCUCUGACCGUGUGGGGCACCGGGAAGCCUCGAAGGCAAUUCAUCUACUCUUUGGACCUAGCCCGCCUCUUCCUCUGGGUCCUUCGGGAAUACAAUGAGGUGGAUCCUAUCAUCCUAUCAGUGGGUGAAGAGGAUGAGGUGUCCAUCAAGGAGGCAGCUGAGACCAUUACAGAGGCCAUGGGCUUCCAAGGGGAGCUGACUUUUGACACAACCAAGUCGGAUGGGCAGUUCAAGAAGACGGCCAGCAACAAGAAGUUGAGGACCUACCUCCCAGACUUCCAGUUCACACCCUUCAAACAAGCUGUAAAGGAGACAUGUGCCUGGUUUGAAAACAACUACGAGCAAGCCAGGAAGUGAUCCUGGAGCACAGAGAAGAGGCUGCAAAGAUCCGAGUCCUAGAGGGACAGUGGGGACUGGAAGGAGAGGCUGAGAACGAUGCCCUUCCACCUGAUCCAGGCCCAGGCCCUCAAUCUCCAUAAAGGCUGGCUUAAGGAAGACCUAGUGAGUCCCAAGUCUCAGUUGAGCACCUGGCCCUGACCUAUCACUACAGCUUAACCUCAAGGUGGACACAGGGUUCCCUGUUCCUGUCAGGCUGGCUCCUGAAAGUCCACCAUUGCUACCCUCAGGGAAAACUCCCCAUGCCUGGAGCCUGGGAAACCUGGCCACCCAUUUAUACUCUUAAUCACUGACUACCUGGGUUCUCUAUCCUUUCUGAUCAUUCUCCAGAAAUUCAAAUAAAAUACAUUUUCACAGGA